CUCUCUGUCUCUCUUUCUCUCUCUCGUUCUCUCUUCUCGUUACACAUAUAUAAUAUACAUCGCACAGUGCAUAGAGCAAAGCAGCUCCGGUCUCUACCCUCUCUCCUCUUUUUCUCUUUCCAGGCAUCCUCGGCAUUCUCUGCUGCCGCUUGUAUCUGUACGAGCUACUGCUGCGAGUCCACGAGAACGGCACAGAGCACACGUUACCAAUACAUAUAUAAAAAUACAAUAUACAAGCAGGAAGACGACGACGACGACGGACGAGCUCGCCUCAGAACGGAGCAAUAGUAGCGAAGCAACCCCACGCUCACGACUCACACGAGUCACACGUUCGCUCGAGAGACAGCUCCAUAGUCGCUGCCGCCACCGCCGCCGCUGCAGAACCGUAGCCGCGCAGCAGCGUAUAAUCGUCCUACACAGCCUCGACUCCGAUUAUAUUUACCGACCAAAUUCAUGUACUUUCGGUGCAGUGCAGUGUAAUACGCAGCUAUACGCAGUCGGACUUUGCGAGGCAGAAACAAAGCAACGACUCCUAGCUCCGAGCGAUUGGAGUUGCCAGUAGUGCGUGUCGUUGUCGUUCCUCGUCGCGCCUUGGCCGUCUCCGCGACGACCAAGUACCGUCCGUCCGAGUCCAUCUGACAGCUGAGCCGUGUGCAUCCUACUCUGCGUACGUAAACAGUGAAGCAAGGGCCGCGGCAUUUAAUCCUGCUUUUGUCCAGUGUCCUGUGUCCUUCGAACGAGUGUAUACCUCGUUAUACUUACGAGUGUGUGCGAGUGACCCGUGUGUACGUGUCCCGAAGCCAGUCGUCCUUUGUGUCAGUCGUCCUCGUACCUAGUCGCGACUCGUGCGUGAAUAAUUAAUCGUGUCCUGCACAUUCGAGCAAGCUCCUGCCGUCCGUCUGAUUCAUCUUUACCAAUUCGGUCUGCUGCUGCGUGUGUCCGUGUGCGUGUAUAUACACAGACGUUCGCAUCUCUCUCUCUUCCAGUGAGCAGUGCGUGUGCGUGUGAGUGCAGUGUUUUGUGCUUUUCUUCGCUCGUCGAAUAGCAGAAAAAGCACCUCUUCUUGCUCGCCCCAAUCAUUGCGUCGCAUUUUUUCCUCGCCCUACUUGUCAGCGGAAAUCAGUGCCAAAAGUCCUCGCUGAUCUUUGCAACUCCCGUUCGUAUAGAAAUUCCAUUACGUUGGAUAUAAAUAAAAGAGGAGGCUAGGAAAAUGUCAGAUCUGAUGAUGAAACGAGAGCACGACUCGACCGACGACUUUGAGCAUCUGGAGCACGAGCUGCAGCGAGGCGAAGCCGUCUCGGGGGCCGGCGGCAACGAGCAGCCGCUCCUCGACAUAUCGGCCUCGCCGCCCAAGCUGCGCAACGACUUCUCCCCGGACCUGCUGUCCAACGAUCGUCAUCCCUUGAUGAGCGACAAUCUGCUCGACACCAGCAUCCCGAGCUUGAACAACGGCGCCGGCGAUCCCGUCUUGGUGAGCUCGGCCGGCGACUUUAUCCCGGCCACGCCGCCCCCGUCCGCCGACUCGACCGAGCUCGACGCCGUCGUCCAGCAGCAGCAUUCCGACGAGUUGGCCGCUCGCAUCCGCCAACAGCUGACCGAUCCCAAGACCGCCAGCAUGGCCUUCAUGGAGAGCGAGAAGUCGAGCUUCCAUCGGGACUUGGACCUCAACAGCGACUCGGCGGCGCGCUUCAACGAUCAGUUCGGCGACGACAGCGAGGACGACAAUACCGAGGCCGAGAGGAGCGAGGCCAGUCAGACCCGAGCCGCUCCGAUGCUCUCCAACUUCCAGGACGAUCUGUUGGACCAGCAGCAGCAGCAGCAACAGCACGAGUUCCAAAACAAUCAGCGCAAUCUCCUCGACGACGAAGACGACGACGACGACGACGACAUGUUUGCCAAGGAGGACUUUAGCUCGUUGAAGGAAAGAUCGGAAGUACCCAAGAGCCUCUACGACAUCGACAAGGACGAUUUCAUGGGGGAGAUUCGCUCGUCGACCCUGCCCCAGCCGGAAAAGUCGCCGGAGGUCGAUUACCUCAAGGACGAGCUGAUCGUGCACGAGGAAACCCGCGAGAAGCCCGUGGUGGCGAGCCAACCGGCUGGCCAGCCGCAAGGCCUGCUCGACGACGCCGAGUGGAACGUCCUCGAUCGCUUCGAGGACAAGGAAACGGUGGCGGCAUCGGCACCUGCUCCGCCGGCCCACGAGCCCUACUUAGAGUUCGAGCACACCAAACCGCUGCCCCCGUUGCCCCAGGGCGUCGAGGACGACAUAUUCGACGACAUGGAGCAGGAGCUGUCGGCCAAGGAAGCCAACAACAAGUACCAAAUGAGCAACGAUUUCCUCUCUGCCGAGGCCAAGAGAUUCGAAGGCGCCAGCGGCGGCGAGACCGACGAGUUCGAGUCGGAGCCCGAGCGCUCGCCGGCCAAGAGUGCCCCGAUGCCGAGACCGGCAGCACCCAUUCCCCAACAGGCACCUGCACCUGCAGUAGCAGCAGCGCGACCCAACAACGACAAAGUCAACAGCUCCAACGGCGAUCUGGACUUUUUCGACAGUUUCAAGCCAGAUGCAUGGUUUAACCCAGAAAGACUACAUCCUAAAGUGGCAUCCCUGAUCUACUGGCGCGAUGUCAAAAAGUCAGGAAUCGUUUUUGGUGCAACGCUCACUGUGCUAUUGUCGCUGGCCUACUUUAGCUUGAUCAGCGUCUUGGCUUACUCGUCGCUGCUCACCCUCACCUACACCAUCUUAUUCCGAAUCUACAAAACUGUCCUCCAAGCCAUUCAGAAAACUUCCGAUGGACAUCCAUUCCAGGAAAUUCUUGAACUUGACCUGACAGUACCAAGCGAGAAGGUGCACGCUGUCGCUGAUGUUGCCGUAAACCAAGUCAAUGCUGGUGUCUCCGAACUGCGCAGGCUCUUCCUCGUCGAGGACUUUGUCGACUCGCUGAAAUUCGGUAUUCUCCUGUGGACGCUCACGUAUCUUGGUGCAUGGUUCAAUGGAAUGACCCUUGUCAUAAUCGGAGUCAUCGCUCUCUUCACAUUGCCCAAGGUUUACGAAACAAACAAGACGCAAAUCGAUCAACAUCUCGGUGCUGUCAAAGCUAAAGUCGAUGAAAUUACGGCCAAAGUAAAGGCUGCGUUGCCUAUUGGCAAGAAAGAAGAAAAGAAAGAUUAAAUUAACUCAAUCCACUGAAGCCACAAUCAUCACCGUAAACGAGGAGAGGAGAAACAUAUAAAAACUGUGAAGUCAGAGGAUUGAAGAGGUUACGCGCUAUGUAAUUUAGAACGAGAUAUAAUUUUGUGAUGACGAAGAAAUAAAUAUAAUUAAUAAAAAAGGAUAUCGGAAAAGCAUAUAAAGUGAGAAAGCGCGUGUUUUACCGAGAUUGUAUCACACAAAUAUUAAGUAGACAUCUACGCGUGAAGAUUAAGAAAAAACAAUAAAAAUAGGGCUUGGACUGAUAGAAAUGCCGAAUUAAAAAAUUAACAUCGGGACUAGUUUGAUUAUCAUGACAAACAUGAUUAUAAUAAGAGACUAAGGCAAGAGAUUGUAAAUAACGGACCAAUGUUUUCAAUAAACUAAAAAUAUAAUUAACAAACAUGAGAUCAAGUGUUGGAUUUAUAUCGAAGACGAACAAGUCGACGCUCGACAAACGAUCCUAAAAUAUUAUAGUGAUAAAUUUGAUGAUAGCACGGUCAUUUGUCGCGCGUUGCUUCGCGAUGUGUGAUUCAAAUUUAAAAAAUUAAAUUAAAUGCACAGUAUCAUUACUGUAAAAGUUCACCGGAAACACGCGCAUCCCCCAUCAAUAUUAUAUACUUAACUCUCAUAAUAAAAUUAUAUACAAAAAAAUCAAUUUCUAAGAUCAAGAUAUCCUUUUUUAAUGUAAGACAAACCAAUAAAUGCAAGUAAUACUUAGCGUUAUUAAUUGUUCGUUAUUACCGAUACGAUGACGAAUUUAAUCUUGUGAGCAACAGGAGAAAGUGCGAAGGAACAAUGUGUGAGUGUGUGUAUUGUGUAGAAUAAAAAAAGCUCAACGCGAGUCAACUCGCGAUUCACAAAUGUGCGAACGGUUAUAAUAUGAUUCUUUAUAAAACGAAACGUUACAAUAAUUAUAUGAUCUUAUACAUGUAAUAAAUGAUUAACGAAAUAAAACAAGAAAAAAAACUUAACGCUGUAACGAUCAACAAUGCUGUCGAUUCUUUCAAGUACGUUUAUGUCGCGCAAUUUCAUAUUGAGCUGAGACUUCAUAAUAUAAUAAUAUAAUUAUCAUCCCUCAUAUUUAUUUGUAACUGUCGCGACCAUGACUAAGAUAUAUAAACGGCACGUGCUCGCAUGCACUUAUGGGUAUUUUUUCCCGGAUUAAUAUAUUGUAUAGAUUAGCACAGAAAGAAAAACGAUACGUGUCUUUUCCUACUACAUAAUGCUGUAUAAUGUAUUUCUCUUCUGAAGCUAAAAAGAAGGAUAACAUUUCGAACGCAAAUUGUGCAAUCGUAUGUAUUAAUGAUUCAUCGUAUUAACGAUUUUUGUCGACUUAUAUAGGUUAAUUUACCUAUAACUUUUAAGGGAUUACUGUUAUAAAACAAAGAACAGGUCAUAUAGAUCAUCACAUCAACUUACUAAUAAACGACGUUUAAGAAUUACAUUGAAGUAAUUUCUCAUACGAGUACUGUUAUGUACGAAAUGCAUUAAACUAAAUUACAAAAAACAAAAAAUAACAUUCACCCGCAUUCUCUCGCAUCAUCUCGUUUGCUACUUGAUCACUCAUCGUAACGAAGAGUCUAUCCUUUUUUUAAUGUAGAAAAAUGUUGUUGAGGUAAAUUAAUAUAAUUAAUAAAUAUUAUUUGAGAAAAAAAAAAUCAAGCUGCACUUUAUAAAUAUAUUUCAUUAAUUAUGACCAGAUGUGUAAUCAAUGUGAAAUUGUCUAUGUAAAGGCAUGUUCUUUAUUGCGAAUGGUAAAUUAUAAGGAAAAAAUUGCUUGGCCAAGCUAACUGGGUGGAAAGAGUGAUUAGUAAGUAAAUCUUCUGGAAGAAUAGUAUAAAGAUUGGCAUAUGAUACUAAACGCAGAAAAGUGCUUGUUUAAAUUGUUUUUUUUAUAUGGUUAAACCGUAGGAUCUAAUGUCUAAAUAAUCAGCGAUCACUUAUUCAGUUGUUAUAUAAAAAAUUGAAGAUAAAAUGAAUAAAAUCAUUAAAAAAAA